AUGCUGCUAGAACCAGUGUAUAGUCCAAGCAAUGGAACAAAUUCUGGCAAAACGGCAAAACCAGAAUAUUUCUAUACAGAGGUUCAAGAUGAUAGAUUUAAGAAAUUGAAUCCACCACACCAGCCACAAGCCUUUUUUGUAAAUCAGAACCCUUGUGGCCCUUUUCGGAGAGAUAAACCAGCACCCAUAGAAUUAGCCUGUUUUGAUGUCCGGUUUGCUGAAAGUUGGAUUUUCCAAGCCAACCAAUACUUUGAUGCUUAUAAUGUCCAUGAUGAACAUCGUUUGAACCUUGUCUCCUUCUAUCUUGAGGGCAUGGCUAGAGAUUGGUAUCAAUGGAUGUAUAAGAACCAUCAACUGAUUGGCUGGGAACACUUCACCAAAGCUUUGGUAACUCGUUUUGGUUCAAAAUCCAUGGAAGCACUGGAGGGGCUUUUGGGGAAAUUGCAGAUGACUUCGAUUGUUGCUGAGUAUCUUUCUCGAUUUGAGCACCUUGCUAAUCGCACUACUGAUGCUUCUCCAGAGAUGUUGCAGCAUCUUUUUAUUUCUGGGCUACCUACUAAGAUUAAAAGUGAUGUUUUAUCAUUUAGGCCCAAAGAUAUUCACGAGGCUAUUAGUUUGGCCAUGUUGCAGGACCAAAAAUUAUUGGCUCAAUUUAAAACACCAACCCAGCCUACUUCUAUCACUAAAAAUAUUUCUCUCUCUUAUCCAACUUCCCAAUCAUCGCAACAUAAAUCAAUCCCAUCCUUUUCACCCUCUUCUUCCUCCGCUCAGGUAGCUUCACUUCCUGGUAUUGGCAGUGUUCCGUUCGAGAAACUUUCUUCGGGCCAUCGAUGUUCUAUAUCUCCACAACUUUUGCUGCUCGUCACUGACGAGGAUUCAGUGGAGGUACCUCCCCCACCGGAUAUUGAAUCAUCUCCCUUGGAAUCCAAUUUCACCAUCCCUACUGAGGAACUGUCCUUCCUCGCCAUCAGUUCCCAAGCCCUUACAGGCAGUUCUCAUCCUACUGCUCUCCAUUUUACAUGUCAUAUUAAAGGCCUGCUGGCUCAAAUUCUACUUAAUGGGGCUAGCACUGAUAACUUUAUACAUCCUCGUGUUGCUAAGGCUCUCAAACUUACUGUCGAGUCCUCACCUGAAUUCUCUAUUGUUGUGGGUAAUGAUGUGGUAUUGGGUGUGGCGUGGCUCGCAACUCUUGGUCGGACUAUUUCAGAUUGUUCCAAACUCCUAUUUGAGUUCAAGAGUAAUAGAAAACGUAUGAGUUGGUUCGGAGAUCCUCCAACCUCACUAGAGCAGGUUCAACCUUCAUCUCUUCGUCGCUUCACUGUGACGGACUCCAUUUCUUAUAUGUACCGACUUGAGCUACUCUCUCCGAACACAUAUAUUGAAAAAGACCAUCCUCUUGAUCUUCAAGUCAUAUUAUCCUCCUAUAAUGAGGUAUUUUUGGCCCCAAAUUCCCUGCCACCAUUGAGACCGCAAGAUCAUCGCAUCCCGCUGCUUCCUGUCUCUUCUUCGAUUAAUGUGCGGCCCUACAGGUAUCCCCAUUUUCAGAAGGGUGAGAUUAAACGCAUGAUCUCCAAGAUGCUUCACUCAGGUGUGAUUCAAUACAGCUUUAGCCCUUAUUCCUCACCCGUCCUUUUGGUAAGAAAAAAAGAUGGCACAUGGCGCUUUUGCAUCGACUAUAGGGCAUUGAACUCCAUCACGGUUAAAGAUUGUUUUCCCAUUCCCACAGUUGAUGAAUUAUUUGAUGAACUCUAUAAUGCCCGUUUCUUUUCCAAGUUGGACUUAUUAGCUGGAUACCAUCAAAUUUGUGUCCAUCAGGAUGAUAUAGAAAAGACAACCUUCCGAACUCAUGAUGGUCAUUUUGAGUUCCUUGUCAUGCCCUUCGGCCUCUCAAAUGCCCUAUCCACCUUUCAAGCUACAAUAAACUCCAUAUUCAAUCCCUUCCUUCGCCGCGCAUCCACAACAUUUUUUAACCUCAAACGAGCCCUUGGUUCUGUUCCAGUUCUUGCAUUGCCAGAUUUCUCAAAAGUGUUCUCUAUGGAAACUGAUGCCUCUGGUACUGGAAUUGGAGCAGUGUUAUCUCAAGAAGGGCACCCCAUUGCUUUUUUCAGUCAAAAAUUAUCUCCCAGGAUGCAAGCAGCUUCCACUUACACGAGGGAAAUGUUUGCUAUUACCCAAGCUGUCCAAAAGUGGCGUCAAUACCUUUUGGGUCGCAAAUUCAUCAUCAUCACAGACCAACAACCGCUGAAAUCUCUUACGAGUCAAGUGAUUCAAACACCAGAACAACAACAAUGGCUAUGCAAGUUAAUUGGUUAUGACUUUGAGAUUGUCUAUCGGCUGGGGAAAUUGAAUUCAGCUGCUGAUGCCUUAUCGAGGAAACCAGCCUUGAUGGCGCUAUCACAGAAAAAGCUUUGGUUGACAAACUCAAGCAUUUGA